AUGUCAGCACCAACACUUGCUGUCCUUCUAUGCCCUGAAACUUUGCUCUCAUGUUUCUCAUCAAGGCUGGGCACAUCAGAUAAUUUACUGAUUUCAAUUCAAGACAAGAUAAAAGGGGCAGACACGAUGAGUGAAUUGGACAAGAAACAUAAAAAAGAGAAUGAAGAAAGACUGGAAGAAGUCAAGAAUGCACUCUCUCUCAAGACAAGAAAAACUCGCAGCAGCCUCCCUUCUUCUCUCGUCGCCUCCUCAGGCAAUUCCCGAUUACCUGCCGUCGAUAGCUCGCCGCUGACUUCUAUCGCCGGAUACCGUCGCACCAAACAACACCGACAACCGUUGCAUACCACAGAUUCUAUUCGAUUCAGAUGUAUGCGUUACUGUUUUCGUUCAACUGCAUUCAAUUGCAUGCUCUCGAAAAGCAAUUUUUCUGACUCCUUGGACAUGCUUGAGGAUAAAAGUUUAAAAAUAGAAGAUGAUUCUGACUUGCCAUCAUGGUCAGGUGAUGAACGUGGUGUCAGUGUUCUUAUGAAUGUUGAUAGCUUUGGUGCUGUUGGAGAUGGAGUUUCUGAUGAUACAAAGGUGAAUAUACAUAUAUAG